CAAAAUUCCUAGUUGGCAACCGACCCAGUAGUAAACACAAGGAUCACGAGGAAAUUCAUCACCGUAUUUGUGUCUCUCUCAUUUAUCGCUUAUUUUCUGCCUCUCCCGACGAAAAAGGCCAAGAUGUCGAUAGCUAACAUGGAAAAGCAUCUUUUCAACCUAAAGUUCGCCGCCAAGGAGUUGGACCGGCAGUCAAAGAAAUGCGAGAAGGAGGAGAAAGCCGAGAAAGCCAAGGUGAAGAAGGCCAUAGCCAAGGGGAACAUGGAUGGCGCUCGCAUCCAUGCCGAGAACUCCAUCCGCAACAAGAGCCAGGCCCUGAACUACCUCCGCAUGUCAGCCAGAGUUGAUGCAGUGGCGUCUAGGGUUCAGACAGCUGUCACACAACGCAAGGUAACACAAAGCAUGGCGGGCGUUGUGAAGAACCUGGAUGCAGCCAUGAAGAGCAUGAAUCUUGAGAAAAUCUCAGCCCUCAUGGACAAGUUUGAGAAACAGUUUGAGGAUCUGGAUGUGCAGAGCUCUUACAUGGACACUGCCAUGAGUGACACUGUGACCACUGCUAUACCCCAGGAUGCUGUUAAUGGGCUCAUGUCACAGGCUGCUGAUGAGGCUGGAUUGGAGUUGAACAUGGAGCUCCCAUCAGGCAGCAUGUCCACGAUUGGGGUGGGGGCAACGCAGGCUAGCCAAGACCAGGACGAACUGACGCAGAGACUAGCCAAGCUCCGUAACUCGUAAUUUCCUCUAGAGACCUUCCAUGAGCAAAAAGAAAAAAAAAAAGGAAUUAUUUUUCUCACUAAAUUUACACAGAAGCCAGUUGACACCAUGCACUUGGAAAGAAAUUGUAAUUCAUCUUUCUCGCAUCAUUCUGCGCAUUUUUUUUUGGUUCUUCUGAAGGUUGUUCACCAAAUUGUCGCAGCAGGCAUAGUGAAAAAAAACAAACUGUGCUCUGGUUCUGUAUUGGGGCCUUAAAUACCCUUCCACUUCUCUGUAGUAUGCCAAGGCAUGACAGAUGUAAACAGAUGUGUAUAGUAAAUCAGUUUUAGAGUGCAAGAGAUUACUUAGGGUUGUUGUACAAUCAAUAUUGAUAGUGGAAUUCACAUCUUGAGUGUUAAAAAGAUAAAAUGGUAUGUCAUAGCUUCUCUGUCUGUUUUUUUUUUAUUGUAUCAUUUCAUUUUCAUAUAAUUAUUAUUUUUUUUUUUCUUUUUUACUUCUCUUAUUCUAACUGAUGAUUAAGAUGUUAAGAGUCAGAGCAUUGCAGUCUAACACAUGUUGGAUUGGUUAUCAUUCUCAGUCAUUUGAUUAAUUGAUCACUUUAAAACCUGAUUUUGUAGGUAACUAAAAAAAUAUAUGUAUGUUAGGAUUCACCUGAAAUUCAUUACUAUCUUCCAAGGUCACCUAUCCAUAUUGCAAAUACAAAUGUCAACACUGACAGAUCAUGGGCUUAAUGGCCUGUUUGGAUGUGGAAAGGAAUGGAUAUGUAAUAUUAUAUAUAUAUAUCCUAUACAUAAAUCAAUAAUUGUACAGGCUCUACCAGAAAUUUUCUUAUAAAUCUGGUUGGCCUUACAUUAUUGUCAAUAUGUUAUAGGAAAUGCAGUGUACUAUAUGGUAAAUAGAAAUUUUUUAAUUAAAUAGACUUUUUCUUUAAACUAUGGCUUGGGUUUUUAAAUGUAGGUGCUUGAAAAUCCACAAUAUGUGACUUUCUUCUCGCUUCUCUCUUUUCUGUUAGGUAGACAUAAAUUUGUACCAUUAGAUUAAUCUAUAACGAAAAAUGGAGCACACUCUGGGGUUGAUUUUUAAGGUGAAAACAUUGUUAAAACCAGAUUUGCAUUAGUAAUGAUAACAUUUGACAGGUAUAGAUUGUACUUAUAAGCAGAUUAUUGGAUUCAUAUUUUACUUAACCCUUAGGUAUAAAGAAAUCUCUCGGUGUCAUAGACUCCAAUGAUUUCUGGCAACCAUCCAGCCGUUUGGAGUGGGAGUCCCCCCCCCCCCCCCCAUGUAACGGAACUUCCUGCUCGAUGUGCUCUAGCAUAUCGCCACACCAUACCCAGCAGGUCAAGCAGUUUGUUAUGACGGCUAUACACGUGGCUCUGCAGUAAUGGGUUAACUGUCAGGCAAGGAAAUGUGUUCACAGUAUUCACUAAAUGAAUUUGAAAUUAAUUAUAUAUCAAGUCUAAGAGCCAUUUAUAUAUAUAUAUAUAUAUAUAUAUAUAUAUAUAUAUUGUAAUGGGUGAGGGGGAGGGAUUAUAUCAUUCUGGCAACCAAAAACUUUCUUAUUCAAAAUAACUGUAUUAGGAUCUUUUUUCUUCUCUUUAGUCAUAAGGAAAAGAGUUGUGUCUUUUUAACAUUUAAAUAAUGGAAAAGCUGUCUGAUUGCCUCAUCAUUUAUGUUCAUGAUAAAAGCUACAAUACAAGCUUGAAGUGCGAUGACGCUCUUAGGUUACUCUUAAAUUUAUUGGAGAUUAUAGGACAUACUGAAGGAAGUCUUUCUUUGCUCUGACAUCCAGCUCUUUAAAAUAAAACAAAAGGACAAAGUGUGCUUUUUGUCACAUGAUAAAACUGGCUUGUGUGUUUCCCCUAGGCCAUGUCCACACUCCAAGCUAGCUGGUGAAAGCAGGCUAAAGCAAGAAGUUUUAUGGCUUUGUAAUCUAAACAUGUAUCCAUGCUGCCACCGAGUGAACUUGGAACAACACAAGAACAGUUAACCAAUCUUUUUUUUUUUUCACUUGAAAUUUGUGAUGCAAUAAUACUUUUAAUCAGUGGUGAUGUACAGACAGGCCAGCUUUCAGCCAGUUUGGAUGUGGCUUUAGAAUUUACAAUGGCCGUGAACAUAAAACUUUGGAUUGUUAUCGUUUCAUAAAAGACUUCAUUAUAGGUUCACAUAUAUAUAUAGAUAUAUUUUUUUGUUUGUUUCUGCAUUGAUUUUGUAUAUAGUAUCUAGGUGAUGUGUUUUAUAUGAUAAACUCCUGAAUUACACUUGGCCACUCAAUUGACACUUUAUAUGAAACUUUAUUAAAUUAGAGAAAACGUU